AUGGGGAUGUUUGUGAAGGCAGAAACAUCUAUGUGUACCAAACCAAUGGGUUCUUGUGAAAGCCUUGACUGCAAUGCAGUUUGUGACAAUGAUCAUCCUGGUGGUGCCGGAAUUUGUGACGAGAAAAACACUUGCAAUUGCCAUUACUCUUGUUCUGAGAAAACAAACUCAACCCCAGCGAUUGAUAAAUCUUGCAAAGCCGCCGUGGUUUUCUUCUUUGGAAGCCAUUUUGUUGUCACAGAUUAUAAAGAGAAGUUCUUAUCAUGGGGAUUGGUUGAUGCUAUGCACAAUGCAAUGUCUAAAAAUUGCGAGGCUCAAUGCAGACCUGAGGGAACAGAGGCAUUACCUAAAGGAAUUGUUUCCAAGACCUCUGAUUUUGUAAUGCAGCCGUUAUGGGGACCCCGAACUCCAAAGAAACCAAAGUCAUCAACAAAUUUACUUGCCAUGGCAGUUGGAAUUAAGCAAAAAGAAAGUGCAAACAAAAUUGUAAACAAGUUUCUAUCAAGUGAUUUCGUCGUAAUGCUAUUUCAUUAUGAUGGUAAUGUAAAUGAUUGGCGGGAUUUGGAAUGGAGUGGUCAGGCCAUACAUGUAUCUGCUAUGAAUCAAACCAAGUGGUGGUAUGCGAAGCGAUUCUUACACCCAGAUAUUGUUUCUGAGUAUGCAUUCAUCUUCCUUUGGGAUGAAGACCUUGGAAUUGAGAACUUUAAUGUUGGAAGAUAUCUAUCAAUUAUUAAAAAAGAGGGGCUUGAAAUAUCACAGCCAGCACUUGAUCCUGACAGCUCGGAGGUGCAUCAUGAUCUUACAGCAAGAGACAAGAGAUCAGAAGUACAUAGAAAGAUAAACAAGACAAUUGGUGGUGGAAGGCGUUGCAAUGAAAAUAGCACAGAUCCUCCAUGCACAGGGUUUGUUGAAAUGAUGGCUCCUGUAUUUUCAAGAGCAUCGUGGCGCUGUGUGUGGCAUAUGAUUCAGAAUGACUUGGUUCAUGCAUGGGGAUUGGAUUUUCAGCUUGGUUAUUGUUCACAGGGUGAUCGAACCAAAAACAUAGGAAUUGUUGAUUCUGAGUACAUUGUUCAUUAUGGUCUUCCUACACUAGGGGGUUCUGCAGCAAACAAAACGAAUGCUGAAGAACAAGAUCAAGCUGCUAAAAAUAUAAGCUUGCCUACUUCAGAACAACUGGCACCAUCACGGUCACCUCCAUCUGGCCCUAGAAUUGAGGUGAGGAAGCUAUCCUUAGUUGAACUAGAAAGAUUCAAGAACAGAUGGAAAAAGGCAAUUAGAGAAGAUAAUUGCUGGGUUGAUCCAUACCAACAGCCACCACAGCAGAGUAAAAAAUAGUGCUUAUCAGCAGAAGUCACCAUUUUUAGAUAAAGAGAUUGAUUUUACGAACACUCACAUCAUACAGAAUAUGAAAAAAAUAAGACAAUAAAGCAGCUUCCGAAAU